CGUGUGGAGUUCGCGCGUGGGCGGUGUCGUCGUGGUUUCUGUGGGUGGUUGAAAUGGCGAUUCUUGUUUAGUGCAUAUAAAUGUUCGGUCAUUCUAAUGCGUUGCUAUGCGGUAAGGCGAAGCUAAAAGUGUUGGGGUAAUUCCGGCCGAAGCGCUCAAAGCGAACGGCGAACAUCUCGUUCAAGGUUUGGCGGCCCGUUGGUUCCGAAAGCAAUUCAACUCUUAAACCGGAAAAUACGGUGUGAGGCAGUGCUGGAGAGUAAGCGCAUAUUUCACUUUUGUGAUUUCUGUGUGGUGAAACCGGAUCCAAGAUGGGCACAUCUCAAACCAACAAAGAAAACGGGAAAGGAACACCCGAGAAGAAUAACCAGCAUGCAAGGGGCAAAACCUCCUUUGCGCGAGUUGUACUGCUUGAUGGGACUCUGUUUGAAUGCUCAGUUGAGAAGAAGGCCACGGGCCAAGAGCUGCUGCUGAGGGUGACGGAGCACCUGGACCUGCUGGAGCGCGACUACUUCGGCCUGCAGUUCUCCGACCAGCACGACCCCAUCAACUGGCUGCAGCUGGACAAGCCGAUCAAGAAGCAGCUGAAAAGCGAGCCAUGGGAGCUCCGUUUCGCCGUCAAGUUCUACCCGCUGGACCCGAGCCAGCUGCAGGAGGAUGUCACCCGCUACCAGCUGUGCCUGCAGAUCCGCAACGAUAUCAUCACCAACAAGCUGCCGUGCUCGUUCGUCACGCACGCGCUGCUCGGCUCGUUCCUGGUGCAGUCGGAGCUGGGCGACUAUGACGCCGCCGAGCACCAGCCGGGCUACCUGGCCGACUUCAAGCUGGCGCCCCACCAGACGGUCGAGCUGGAGGAGAAGGUGGCCCAGCUGCACAAGACGCUGAGGGGCCAGACUCCGUCCGAAGCCGAGCUGCACUAUCUGGAGAACGCCAAGAAGCUGGCCAUGUACGGCGUGGACCUGCACCCGGCCAAAGACUCGGAGAACGUGGACAUCAUGCUGGGGGUCUGCGCCUCCGGCAUCCUCGUCUACAGGGACAAACUGCGGAUAAACCGCUUUGCCUGGCCGAAAAUUCUCAAGAUUUCGUACAAGCGAAACAACUUCUACGUGAAGGUUCGGCCCGGCGAGUUUGAGCGUCACAUGACCACCAUCGGCUUCAAGCUGACCAACCACAGGAAGGCCAAGCAGAUAUGGAAGAUUUGUGUGGAGCAUCACACCUUUUUCCGGCUGAUGUCGCCCGAGCCGCCGAGUCGGGACAGCCUGCCCCGCCUGGGCUCCAGGUUCCGCUACUCGGGCCUGACGCAGUACCAGACGCGGCUGCGGGCGCAGCAGCUGGACCGGCCGUCCCCGCAGUUCCGGCGUGCCCUCAGCGGCCGCGGCGUCUCCAGCCGCAGCAUGGAACCGAUCGGCGCCGGCGCCCGCGAGGCGCGCGACGGCGACGUGAAGCGACACACGCUGACAGAGGCGCCAGAGCAGAUCCCCGGACUGGAGGACGACCGGCCCAAGGAGCGCACUAGACCUGUGGGCGGCGUGGCCGUGCUGCCGCCAGUCGACCUCGGCAAGGCGCGCAGGAAGACCGACGAGGUUCCGAGCGAGCCGGUGGACGGGGCCUCGCCGCCGCUGGUCGCCACCAGCAUCAGCACGCGCACCGAGCGGCCCGACGGCCGGCUCAGCGAAAAGACGUUCGCCGCCACCACCACUACCAGUGCCACGCACCAGGAGCAGACGGUCGUCACGCAGGAGGUGCAGAAGACACGCACGCUGCUGGCGGGAGGGGCGGGCGACGCCAGCGCCACGCGGCCCGCUGCGGCCGCCGAGCCUCGGCAGUACGGUAGCUAUGGCAACCGCACGGCCGCGCCGCGGGCGACACCUGCCGGCGGUUCAGUGCUGCCCUCCAGCGGAUAUGGCUCCAGAUACCCACGCGGGGCCGCACGCCCGAAGGCACGGCGCGGCUCCAGCUCGAGCAGUGGUAGUGACGAGUCGGCCACCAACCUGGACACCGAGGGCGAGUACUCGGUGCACGAGGACCUGCAGGCGGACGCCUCCGCCUCUGACCCGAUCGUGCGCACCGAGGCCGUCACGUACCAGCCGCCGGGCGCGGGCGGCGCUGGCCGGCCCACCACCGACGUGCCGACGGUCGUCACUGAGAGCAGGAAGGUCUCGGUUCGCGGGGACCACUGCGAGCUGGAGGGCGAGGUGGUCAGCAGCCACACCGUCUCCAGCAAGCAGCGCACUGUCGAGACGGUCACGUACAAGACGGAGAAAGACGGCGUGGUGGAGACGCGCGUCGAGCAGAAGAUCACGAUCCAGUCGGACGGCGAGCCCAUCGACCACGACGCUGCCCUGCGGGACGCCAUCCAACAGGCGACCGACAUGAACCCGGACAUGACAGUGGAGAAGAUCGAGAUCCAGCAGCAGAGCGCCAGCCCACUCCGCUGAGCGGCCCAGGCCCGGCCUGCGCCGCCUCCGCCGCCGCCGCUGCCAGCCCUGAGUCCGGCCCG